GUAUCUAGGGCCCAGGCACUAACAUUUCUCCUGGACUGCGAGUGUCCAAACGACAGGCUUCAUGCAGACGGAAGGGGCGGGGCUCGAUACGGAAGUCCCUCAGCCAGCGCCGGUCACGUGGGAGAAGCUUCCACGCAUUGCUUGCUGGCUUUCAGGAGGCAUGGCACUCUGGCGGGCAUACCAGAGGGCCCUGGCUGCACAUCCGUGGAAAGUCCAGGUUCUGACAGCUGGGUCACUGAUGGGCCUAGGUGACAUUAUCUCACAGCAACUGGUGGAGAGGCGGGGUCUCCAGGAACACCAGACAGGCCGGACUCUGACCAUGGUGUGCAUGGGCUGUGGCUUUGUGGGCCCUGUAGUUGGAGGCUGGUAUAAGGUUUUGGACCGCUUUAUCCCUGGCACCACCAAGGUGGACGCACUGAAGAAGAUGGUGAUAGAUCAGGGGGCCUUUGCCCCGUGUUUUCUAGGCUGUUUCCUUCCCCUGGUAGGGGUGCUCAAUGGAAUGUCAGCACAGGACAAUUGGGCCAAACUACAGCGGGACUACCCUGAUGCCCUCAUCACCAACUACUAUCUCUGGCCUGCUGUGCAGUUAGCCAACUUCUACCUGGUCCCCCUGCAUUACAGGUUGGCUGUUGUUCAGUGUGUUGCUGUUGUCUGGAACUCCUACCUAUCCUGGAAGGCACAUCAGCUCUAAGCCUGCCUGGUUCCAUGGCUUGCACCUUGCACUGAUGCACCUUCAGCCUGGAAUGCUUGGACAUUGUCCUCAAAGGGAAUGCAUCAGGACUGGAGAGGUGGCUCAGCUGCUAACAUCACGGACUGCUCUACAGAGGACCCAAGUGUGGCUCCGAGAAGCCACAUGAUGUGGCUCACAACCACCUGUGACCCAAGCUCCAGGCAUCUGAUGUCCUCUUCUGGCCUCUGAAACACCUGCACUCACACGCACAUGCACGCGAAUAGAUACUGACUUAUAGUUAAGCAGAAAAUAAAGUCUUUCUUACAAAGA